CAAUCUGUGAUUUGCUUUCUUAACAGAGGGAGGGAGGGGAUCUUUUUUACUUCUUUCUCUCUCUGUCUCUCUCUCUCUCUCCUUGAACAGACGCACUUUUGUUUGAGAGAAAUUUUGCGAGGAAAUCAUGGAAGCCACACAAUAUUCUCAAAACUUCGUACCUCUCCAACAAACCAGAAAUUAUGAACGACUGAAGGAAGAAGUGCCAAACUCCCCGACGGUGGUCACCGUGGUACCACCUGUAAUCAUGCCGCGGGACCACAUCCUCUGGUCUCUCUUUAACGCUUUCUAUAUGAAUUUCUGCUGCCUGGGUUUCGCGGCCCUUUAUUUCUCGAUUAAGUCGAGGGACAGAAAAGUGGUGGGCGAUUUGGAAGGAGCGCGUCACUACGGAUCCACGGCUCGAUGCCUCAAUUGCACCAAUCUAUGGCUGAGCGUCCUGACUUUCAUCAUACUUAUUAUCCUGGUAGCAGUGGGGGUCUUUGUGGUCUAUGACCGGAUGGCAAAACAGAACGAAUCAAUGAACUCAUUCAACGAUGGGAAUUAAAGCUUCUGCAGAUGUGCCAAGCAGCUCUUAUUAAACUUUGCGAAGAAUCCUCCGCUGUAAAAUUAACCAUUGGUUUGUUGGCUUACUGAAAACACUUGGUAUGGUGGUAAAGGAUUGUAUUAUUUUAUGGAUUAGAAUAAGUCUGAUUUUAUAUAUAUUUAAAUAGGGUCAUGUGAUUAAUUCUAGGGGGCGAACUGUGGCUACAGGUUUUUGUCCCAACAAAAUUCUAUUGGAUUCCUUCCUUUUAGGCAAGCUGCUAAUUACUUACUUUCUUUGUUUUGAUAUCAA